AUGCCAAUUCGUCGCGGUCUGGCUCUCCCCGGAGCUCCCAAAACUUCGGUCGCGUCUGAAGGUCCAGUUCCCGUCAUCGCUGCCAGACGAGUUCUUCCAAAUCUACCUCCACCGCCACCUCCAGGGUCUGGUUCAUCGCAACAUCCUCAAUAUCCUCCCGAAGAUUCAACUCUACAACAGACAACAACCACAACUCCCAAUGGAGGAACUGUAACAUUGGUCAAUACUCAGCCUGGAAAUGGCAGUGAUAUCUUGAUCAGUGCUAGCGAAUCUGCAAACAUCGUCUCCAUCCAUCUUAUUAACGGCAAAACCUUGAGAAUAGUAUGGGAAAAUGCUGGCCCCGCAUUGCCUCCCCCACCUCCACCUCCAUUGCCUCAGUAG